ACUUCAUCUUCUGGGCGAUUGAUAGGUGGUACAGUGCUAAUUUUUCCUGAGCAGCCGCUGAUUCGCCUAGUAGUGAGAAGCAUUCUAGAGUGGCUGUGUAUAGAGCGGUUGUAUAAAAUAGCAGGCUUAAUUUUUGAAUAAAGAUAUGUUAAAAGUUGCGCCGACUCCCGAAGAAGAUAGUGAACAAGCCAUCCAGCAAUGGAAGAUCAGGAGAUUGAUUCAGAGCCUAGAAAGUGCGAGAGGCAAUGGGACUUCUAUGAUAUCUUUGAUCAUCCCCCCCGGCGAACAAGUUUCCAGAUACGCUAGACUUUUGGCCGAGGAGUAUGGAACGGCUUCAAACAUUAAGAGUCGUGUCAACAGGCUGUCAGUGCUGGGUGCCAUAACGUCCACACAGCAAAAAUUAAAAUUGUACACCAAAAUUCCGGAAAAUGGUUUAGUGAUUUACUGUGGAACGGUUCUGACAGAGGACAACAAGGAGAAGUUGGUUAAUCUGGACAUCGUUCCGCAUAAGCCGAUUAACACAUCCUUGUACCUAUGCGACAACAAGUUUCAUACAGAAUGUCUGAAUGACUUGAUGACGUCGGAGGAGAAGUAUGGGUUUAUCGUGAUGGAUGGAGGUGGCGCAUUGUUCGGAUGUCUCUCUGGAAACGCGCGCACGGUGCUGGCUAAGUUUUCUGUAGAUUUGCCUAAAAAGCACGGUCGAGGUGGUCAGUCGGCCGUCCGUUUCGCGCGGCUUCGUUUGGAAAAGCGCCACAACUAUCUUAGAAAGGUGACAGAGGUAGCUGUGCAGUCAUUUAUUACGAACGAUAAGCCAAACGUGGCGGGGCUCGUAUUGGCCGGUCUAGCGGAGUUCAAAAACGAGCUUGUCCAGUCAGACAUGUUCGACCAGAGGUUGCAGCGUAUCGUUUUGAAGGUUGUCGACGUGUCAUAUGGGGGUGAGAACGGGUUCAACCAGGCGAUUGACUUGUGUCAAGAGGUUCUCCGUGGCGUCAAAUAUGUUUAUGAGAAAAAAAUUCUUGGUAUUUUUUUUGAUCAAAUAGCUGAAGAUUCUGGGAAAUAUUGCUUUGGUAUUCACCAGACGAUGCAAGCGCUGGACGCCGGAGCAGUAGAGACCCUGAUCGUAUAUGAGGAUCUGGAUCUGUGGAGGCACGAACUGCGAAACUCGAUAACUAAAGAAAAGAAGACGUUGUAUCUCACGAGUGCUCAGGAAAAGGAUGCUGUGUUCACCGAGAUGGGAGCGGAGUGGGAGCCGGAGUGCGAAAAGGUGUCCGUAGUGGAGUGGUUUGUUCAUAAUUACAAAGAUUUUGGAUGUAAAUUACAGAUGCUGUCUAACAAGUCGCAGGAAGGGACUCAGUUUGUGAAGGGAUUUGGAGGUAUUGGAGGCAUUCUACGGUACUGUCUCAAUUUUGCUGACCUUGAGGAGUACAGCGAUGAUCCGGAUGACUACGAUUUUGACUUCUAG